AUGAGUGAAUGUUUGAAAUAUCAAAAACCAGAUGAAGAAUGCAUGAGAUGUGGAAUUUUUUUACAUAACAUUGACUUUGUUGCAUUUUUAAUGAAUGAAUAUAACUUGGAAAUCGAUUUAGUAUGUUGCAAUAUCUGGAAUAAUCUUCAAGCAUUUUUGGUUUAUUUGGAUGUUACAAAUGAAAUCAAUAAAUGCUUUGUUUAUUCACCAUAUUAUUUUAGUAAAGAACUUUGUGAGUAUCUUCUUACGAAUGGAGUAGAUAUUAAUGCAAGAGGUAGAUCUCGUAAUACAGCUCUUCAUAUAUCUGCAGAAAUAAAUAGUAAAGAACUUUGUGAGUUUCUUCUUUCACAUGGUGCAAAUAUUGACUCAAGAGAUUGUGCUGGCAGAACUGCCCUUCACAAUGCAGCAUAUUAUAAUAGUAAAGAAACAGCAGAGUUUCUUCUUUCACAGGGUUCAGAUAUCAAUGAAAAGGAUGAAGAUGAAAAAACACCUCUUUUUAAAGCAAUGUAUUUAGGCAGUAUAGAAACAGCAAAGAUGCUUCUUUCACAUGGAGCUAAUAUAAAUGAAAAAGAUUAUCAUAAUCGAACAGCUCUUUUUAUCGCAUUGGAUAAUAAUAGAAUAGAAGCCGCAAAAUUAAUAAUUAAGCAUGGUGUUGAUGUUAACGUAAAGGAUAGAUUCGGAGAAACAGCUCUUAUUGUGGCAGUUGAAAGAGGCCAGAUCGAAAUAGUAAGGAUGCUUCUUUCACACGGCGCAAAUAUAAAUGAAAAAGAUAAUAAAGGGCAAACACCUCUUUGUAUAGCAAAAAAAAAGAGGACAUAA